GUCGGUCGCCGUCCUCCGUCCCCGUCGUCCUCCGCCGAGCUUGUGGUCGCCGUCCACCUCCGCCGCGGUCGCCUCCUCCCGUCGGGCGGCCUCUGUCUCUCCCACCGGCCACCUCCAUCUCCCUUCUUCCUCUACUCCGGGACAAUCGGAUGGAAAAAAAGGAGGUAUGGCGCAUGGACUAGUGCAAGAAUCAACAGAUUCUGAUACUCCAAAUUGGAUUAGACUCUACAUGACAAGAAAAUAUGGCACCUGGAAGCAAGGCACAGAGAAAAGCAGCAUUAGAUGCUGGAGCUUGGAUGUUCAAUGUUGUAACGUCUGUUGGUAUCAUCAUGGUCAACAAGGCCUUAAUGGCUACACAUGGUUUUAGUUUUGCUACAACAUUGACUGGACUGCAUUUUGCAACCACGACCUUGAUGACAUUAGUAAUGAAAUGGCUGGGAUAUAUACAACCAUCCUACUUACCAGUGCCAGAACUAAUAAAAUUUGUCUUUUUUGCAAAUUUAUCAAUUGUUGGGAUGAAUGUUAGUUUGAUGUGGAACUCUGUUGGAUUUUACCAGAUUGCCAAGUUAUGUAUCAUUCCAGUUUUGUGCUUUCUGGAAAUCCUGUUUGAUAAAGUCCGAUACUCAAGAGACACGAAGCUCAGUAUAAUGCUUGUUCUAGUAGGUGUUGCCGUAUGUACUGUGACUGAUGUUAGUGUGAAUUCACAAGGGCUCAUAGCUGCCAUAAUAGCAGUUUGGAGCACUGCACUACAGCAGCAUUAUGUUCAUCACCUUCAAAGGAAGUACUCGCUUGGCUCAUUCAACCUCUUGGGUCAUACUGCUCCAGCUCAGGCAGCAUCCUUAUUAAUACUUGGGCCUUUCGUGGACUUCUGGCUGACCAACAAAAGAGUUGAUACUUUCAAUUACACAGCAAUAGUUACGUUCUUCAUUGUACUGUCGUGCAUAAUUGCUGUUGGGACAAAUCUUAGUCAAUUCAUAUGUAUCGGAAGAUUUACAGCAGUCUCAUUCCAAGUUCUAGGCCACAUGAAGACGGUUCUUGUGUUGACCUUAGGCUUUCUUUUCUUUGGAAAAGAGGGCCUUAACUUCCAUGUUGCGCUUGGCAUGAUCCUUGCUGUGAUUGGCAUGAUUUGGUAUGGGAAUGCUUCAUCGAAACCAGGAGGCAAAGAGAGGCAAGUUUACUCGGUGCCCAGCGAGAAAACUCAGAAACAUGGCAUAUUAUCAUCACAAUCGGAGGUUGACCAGAAGGUUUAAAUGAGAGCUACAUACGUGUUCCACAUUAUUGAUGAAUAGUGUUUAUUGAACAUCUUGAGGACCAUGAUCAAAUUUAUUCUUUUUAUACGUUUGAGAUGUUUCUAUAGAAAUUUGUAGGCAAUAGCAGAAAGAGGGUACCUGGGCAAACUGCCCUGGCUAUACUUUUGCGGCAUAUAUGUCAACAAAAAUUUAGAUAUUCAUUCAAAUUUUUAAUAUUACUUUAACUGCA